AUGAUGUCCUGUGCCCCUCCUCCUUCCCCAUACUGUCUGUGGUUCUUGCAGGGAUGUGAUGUGCGUCACACUCACAGCACGUCAGGACAAGCGUCUCUCUCCGAAUCUCUAGCUGUCACACAGCCUGGCUCAUGUACCAGUGAUUCCCCUGCACAGAGCACACUCUGCAUGGACACCAUGCCCACUCACCGCCACAUCCUGCCCCGCAACUUCAGCUGCACCGCAGUGCUCUAUGGGGACGAGCCAGAGAGCCCAGAUGAUGAAGAAAAAGAUGGUGAAGUGGAAGCACCACCACCAGAGAAAAUAAAAGAGGAAAGCAAACCUGUCACCCGGGGCAGAGAGAUCACCAUUGUCCCACAAAGCCCCAUAGCGAGGAGAAGAGCCAAAUCGUUGCCCACCCCAGCAGAAAGAAGGCAUCUGGAAGUGGUGGUCCCUCGUAAGAAAGUGGUGCGUUUUGCUGACUCGCUGGGGCUGGAGCUAACAUCAGUGCGGCAUUUCAGCGACGCCGAUGUGCCCAAUGUGCCCAAUCACGUGCUAGCCGGGCUGCGAUGCAGGGAAGCUUGCCCCGCGGGGGCAGAGCUUAGCACAUUACUCUUCCGUGCUCCUCCUAGUACCCCACACCUGGAGCCACUCUUCAUUGACCCUUGUACCAAGCCGGACUUCGUGGAGCUGGUUAAGCAGCGAAGGGUUUGCCUGGAGAGCCUGCGCACGGACCCAUUCAGCAUCAGUGGGGAGCUGAGGGUCCUUAACCUUUCCUAUGAGAAAGAGGUGACUGUCAGAUAUACUGUGGACUCAUGGAAAACCUCUUCCGAGGUUCAAGCUACCUACCAACGAGGCUGCAGUGACCGAUACACUGAUCGCUUCUCUUUCAAGUUGCUGUGUCUGGCCCUUAUAAACAAGGAGAGCAUGCUGGAAUUUGCCAUUCGAUACAGAGUCUGUGGGGCUGAGUAUUGGGACAACAAUGCUGGGGAAAACUACAUGGUUAAAAGCCACAGGGCCACUGUGUCACCACCUAAAGAAUUUGACAAUGCCUGGAUUCACUUCAUCUAGGAGUGCACUGGGCCACCUACUCAUGUAAAGAUAUUGGGCUGUGUGGUGGAGCCUAAAAAAACUGGCCCCAGGCAGUAAGAAGGAGCAGUGGGAUUUGUGGGGCAGAAUGCAAUGGGAGAUUAAUAACAAGCUAUAAGGCUGCCACUGUAGUUUAAAUGUAAGAUAGAUAAGUAAGAUAAUUUGGUUUCUAAAGUAGAAAGGAAUGCACACCUGGUUUUUCUUUUUGUACACAGCACCUGGUUAACAGUGCACUAAAAUAAUCACCAGUUGUAUGACAUGGUUAUUAGAUCAGGGGUCUUCAUUUUGUAUUCCCUUUAAUGCUGGAAACACAUUGGCCAAUUUCCAUCAAAUCUUAUUGUUCUGUUUGUGGGAUUUGCACGGUUCUCUGUGAGCAGGCAGCCAGUGGUCAUUGACUAAAGGUGGCCAUAGAUGUAACAAUUACGGUCUUUCUUGAAAAAGAUCUUUCCAAGAAAGAUUGUGUACACAUUCAAUACACACGUGUAAAACUGAAUCGUCAGAUAUACAGGUAGAAACAAUAGAAUUCUAACCAGUGUCAGACUGGGCCGGCGGGAAACCGGGAAAAAACCCGGUGCGCCCCCUGCUAGCCCAGAUCCAGUCCUAGAUUGGCCCCCAUAUGGAAAAAAAGUUGUGCAUCAAUGUAUGCCCAGCAUUCACACAUGCAUGCGGUGGGCUUGACAUUCGCGCAUGCGCACAGUGCGUCUGCCAUUCGUGCACGACACCCCCGAGGUUCAGAACCCGGUGGGCCCCGACUGUGCCAGUCCGACCCUGAUUUUACCUGUAUCUGACGAUUCAGCACUAGCAAUGGCCGAUGUUUGGGUCAAAAUUUUCCUUUCAGCCCAAUCGACGAGUUAACCGUUAUCCAAGUGUUCUGCCGAUAUUGGUUGGCUCUUUUCCCACCAUGCACGCACCGAAUAUUGUACUCAAAUUAGUUUCGUACAAUGUUAUCAGUGUGUCUGUGCCAUCUUUAGUUGGGAAGAGGAUGGGACCA